GUAAGGGGGCGGGCUCUGUGGACCACUGCGCGCACGCGCUGUGCUGUCGCCGCUGUCGCCUGGCGAGACCGCGGAUGCGAUGGCGGGGCCCGCGUGGAUCUCCAAGGUCUCUCGGCUGCUGGGGGCAUUUCACAGCCCAAAACAGGUGACCCGAGGUUUUGCUGGUGGUGCUCAGACAGUAACUUUAAUUCCAGGAGAUGGAAUUGGCCCCGAAAUUUCAGCUGCAGUUAUGAAGAUUUUUGAUGCUGCUAAAGCACCUAUUCAGUGGGAGGAGCGGAAUGUCACUGCCAUUCAGGGACCUGGAGGAAAGUGGAUGAUCCCGCCAGAAGCCAAGGAGUCCAUGGAUAAGAACAAGAUGGGACUGAAAGGCCCUUUAAAGACCCCAAUUGCAGCUGGUCACCCAUCUAUGAAUUUACUGCUACGUAAAACGUUUGACCUUUAUGCCAAUGUCCGGCCGUGCGUCUCAAUCGAAGGCUACAAAACCCCCUACACUGACGUGAAUAUUGUUACCAUUCGCGAGAACACUGAAGGAGAGUACAGUGGGAUUGAGCACGUGAUCGUGGAUGGAGUCGUGCAGAGCAUCAAGCUCAUCACCGAGGAGGCGAGCAAGCGCAUUGCCGAGUUUGCCUUUGAGUACGCACGGAACAACCACCGGAGCAACGUCACGGCUGUGCACAAGGCCAACAUCAUGAGAAUGUCAGAUGGACUUUUUCUGCAAAAAUGCAGGGAAGUUGCUGAAAAUUGCAAAGAUAUUAAAUUUAAUGAGAUGUACCUUGACACAGUGUGUUUGAAUAUGGUACAAGAUCCCUCCCAAUUUGAUGUUCUUGUUAUGCCAAAUUUGUACGGAGACAUCCUUAGUGACCUGUGUGCAGGACUGAUUGGUGGUCUUGGUGUGACCCCAAGUGGCAACAUUGGAGCCAAUGGGGUAGCCAUCUUCGAGUCGGUUCAUGGGACAGCUCCUGACAUUGCAGGCAAGGACAUGGCCAACCCUACCGCCCUCCUGCUCAGCGCAGUAAUGAUGCUGCGCCACAUGGGGCUUUUCGACCAUGCUGCGAAGAUCGAAGCCGCGUGCUUCGCCACAAUCAAAGAUGGAAAGAGCUUAACAAAAGAUUUGGGAGGCAGUUCAAAGUGCUCAGACUUCACAGAAGAAAUCUGUCGCCGAGUGAAAGAUCUAGAUUAAUAGGUCACCAGUGGUGUGUGCUGCAGCCCUGAAGAACGCCACCUCAUAAACCUCUCCGUAGGCACCCGCCAUUCUCUGUGCGUUUGGUUUGCUUGUUUCUUGACAGCGCUUUUUACAAUCUGGCCUUUUUUUAACCAACCUCUGCAAAGGAUGCAGGAGAUGUCCCUGACGUGCUUUCAAAGGACUUUUUCCAAGUGCUUGUUUUAUUUAUUAAAUGUCUAUCUGGUAAACAUUGUUUUGUAAACUCUAAGUGGACUGUAUCAUUUGCCAUUGUUAACCAUUUUACACUUUAGUUUAAAUAAUUUUUCCUCAGCUGUAAAUAUUAUGAUACAGAAUUAAUAAGAGAAAACAUAUAACUUUGUAAACAAAAGUCCUGUCUUUCUUUGGCUUAUGAGAAACAUAAUGGAAAUAAAACAGGACAUUGAUAUAAUAGCACAAAAUGACA